ACAACAUAAGGGGAAAUUAGGAAAUAUAUUUAAUUAUUUUUGAGUCAUAAAAGUGACGGGAGUAAUGAACUCGAGUACAGCGGCGUCUGCACACUGAAACCCUCGACAUCCCUAGCCACGACGUAUACCUUUUAUGCGCAAAAAAAGUGAAAAAACGGAAAGGAAACGAAAGAAUUUAUACGCACUUGUACAUGAAUCUCACUUACGAAUAAAUACAAAAAAACAUUCGAGUGUAAACGAUCGAUUCCACAUAACAUGUAGACAUCAAAGAGCAUAAAGUGGCAGUGUUUUAACUAUGAAAAACCACAAAAAUAAAAAGAAACUUCCGCAGACGUCAGCAGCGGCGCAGCAGCAGCAGAGAUAGGCAGUGGACAGCGGCUGAGCAGAGCAUAGCGGAGAGCCGAGUACCGUUGUUGCUGGACAACGACGACGACGACUACGCAAAUUGCCUCCGCUAAAAACACUUUAAAUAUAAUAAUAAACUAAAUAAAUCUCAGACAAACGAGAGAGACUGUAAUUGUGGGGCGGCAACGGCAACGUGUGCCGUGUUGUCAUGCAUUUUGUCACACAGCAGCGCCAACAGCAGCAGCACCAACAGCAAAAACAACAACAACAGCAGAGAUCGACCUCCUCCUCGAAUUCCUCGAUAGCAUCCACAUCAUCGGCACCAUCGGUCAGCGCCAGCAACCGUUUUGUGGCCCUGUGCAAAUCUUCCAGCCAAGGUGCCCUGCCCAAAUCCUUGGCCACAGCUCAAAGCAUAUUUCGCCAGUCGUCACACCACCACCACCAUCAUAGUAGCCACCAUAGCCAGCAGCAACAGCAACACAGGCACAAACGCACUGUCAGCCUGAACGCGACGCCCAUGAUUAAAGAUAUUACUACUAUAACCGACCCAACAACAACAACAACCACCACAACCACAACUGCCGAUAGUCCGUGCAGUAGUAAGCCCCCAGCCAAUGCCAAUGCCAAUGCCAAUGCGAAUGCCAAUGCCAACAUGUUAGCUGAGACACAGCACGAGUCACAGCCAGAGUCACAGUCACAGACCCAGCCACAGACACAGCCACAAGCAGAGCAAGCGCAGGAGAGGUGCCAGGAGCCAGAGCCGCCGACUCCUCAGCAGGAACAGCCGCAGGAGGGGCAGCAGGAGGGGCAUCAAAGGAACGAAGAUGCCACGUCUGAGGACAGGGCAGCGGCGUCUGCUGCUUGUAGCAAUGGUGGCGACAGGCGCGAUUCUCUCAGCGAGGAGAUCACAAUUACAACCACCACGAUCAACAGCAGUUUGAACAGCAAACUACUCACCAUCCAGGAAGCUGCGGGCACCCUUGAGCACAGCAGCAUAUCCAUUUCGUCGACGUCUUCGAAACAGAACACUUCCACGGCCACAAACUCAACUGCGGCGGCGGUAUCCACAGCGGGCACAGUUGCAGCGGCCACUGUCGCCACAGCAGCAGCAGCAACCACAGCAGGAGCAGCAGCAGCCACAGCAACAGCAGCUUCAGGAUCUCAGCAACGCAAUGAGUCGUCGGUUGCCUCCUCCUCCACCAUCAAUGGCAUUAAUAGCGGCAGCAAUCCUAGCCUAGCCCAAGCCACUUCCAGCUCUAAUACGAAUUUGGCCAACAGCAGCAACGGCAGCAGCGUCCCACCGCCAUCCACGCCCAGCAUCAACAUUGUUGCCAGCGAUCAGGGAUCAAGGGAUCAGCCACUGCAGUCACAGAGCGUCGACUCGAACGGGUGUGCCCAGCCAGGCGGCUCCUGCACGGACAGUCCCAGCAGUCGCAAGAGCUCGACCAGCUCCAAGGGACGAGCCAGUCAGCCAAAACUCUCCACAUCAAGCAGUGGACGAGAUGAGGACAACGCACAGCACAGGCUAAACGAGCUGACGCCACACGAGCUGAGCAUCCUGCGCGUUGAGCGCGGCAACGAUCAACAGGUGAGCAGCAGCUCCAACUCCAACGAGAAGUCGGCCAAGCCCUCGCGGCUAUCGGAGCGGGCCAAAAAGAAGUCGUGGUACAACGUCAUCUAUCCCAAUUACAAGUCACGCGCCGAGGACUUUAAGAAACUCUUCAAGGACGUGCCAAACGAUGAGCGAUUGAUUGUGGAUUACUCCUGCGCCCUGCAACGGGAUAUCUUGGUCCAGGGCCGUUUAUAUGUAUCACAGAACUACGUUUGCUUCCAUGCCAACAUCUUCAGCUGGGAGACCUAUGUGAGCAUCAAGUGGAAGGAUGUCACGGCGAUAACCAAAGAGAAGACCGCCUUGGUGAUACCCAAUGCCAUAUCGAUAGCCAGCGGCAAGGACAAGUACUUCUUUGCCACAUUCACAUCGCGCGACAAGUCCUUCUUGAUGCUCUUCCGUGUCUGGCAGAACACGUUGAUGAACAAGCAAUUCUCGCCGCAAGAGAUCUGGAAAUACGUCCACAAUUGCUAUGGCGAAGAGCUUGGCCUGACCACCGACGACGAGGACUAUAUUGAUCCCACAUUGCAUAAGGAUACCGAAACCGAUGUGGAUUUUCACACGGCCCUUGAUGACGAUCAAUCGAAUCAGUCGCAGCAGUCACAGUCACAGUCACAGUCGCAGCAACAGCUACAGCUACAGCAACCCCUGCAGCGUUUAAGCGGCAACAGCAGCGCCAGCAGCGGCGGCAGUGGCCGGGCAGCAGCACCCCGCAAAUCCAAAACAAAAUAUUUCUUCAACUCUUCUAAAUCUUCGAAUUCGGCCAACGCAUCGGCCAGUGGCUCCGACAACAACAAGGAGAGUGCACGAAAGCUAAGCAAGAAGAUGAAACAGAAUGCCAAAGAGCUGACGCUGAGCUCCGUGAAGCCAGCGGAGCAGUCGGUGGGCGUCACCAUGAUGAGUCUGCCAGGCGGCGGCGGCAGCAGCAGCAGCAACAGAAACAGCACAGAAAGUUCAACAGCGACAGCAGCAGCAGGCACAGCUGCCACUAACAAUGCAAGCAACAGCCUGACGACGACCACAGCCAGUGGCAGUGAUAAGAAGAGCGCGGAAAAGAAAAUCAGUACGAGUUCCAAUUCGGGAGCAGCGGCGGCGGCGGCAGCAGCAGCAGCAGCCACGGCAGCUGCCGCCUCGCUAUCGGCCUCGGGAGAGGCUAAACAUGUGGCAGCGGAAAGCAAACGGAAGAUGAGCAAAAAUCAUCGGCAACGGGAACCAGAAUUGGUCAGCAAAAAUGCCGAAGAGGUGGCGCCCACAGAUGUCUCGGACUCGUCCGAUUCCGAGGAGAAUAAUGUGCCAUUUGUGCCCACCACCGAGUGCACAUCGACGCACGAGGGCCGCCAAAUAGUUCACACCAUUCUGCCCAUCAGCGUGGACACGCUGUUCAAUUUGCUGUUCACCAAAUCCAAAUUCUUAACGGACUUCCAUGCCAUGCGCAAAUCCACGGACCUGACCAUUGGCGAAUGGACCAAGAACGAGGAGGGUCUCAGUGUGCGCGUUGUCAAUGUCACCGUACAAUUGGCCGCCUCUGUGGGACCCAAGACCUCAAAGGUGACCGAAUAUCAAACGAUGAGGGCAUGCAGCAAGCCGGGCGAACUGUAUUCCAUAGACGUAAAUAGUGUUAAUGCAGGCAUUCCAUAUGCGGAUAGCUUCAGUGUGCUUAUACACUUUUGUUUGGCCAGAACGGUUGAUGAUCACACCAUGCUAUCGAUACAUACCCAAAUUAAAUAUAAGAAAUCAAUUUGGGGCGUUGUCAAGGGAUUCAUCGAGAAGAAUACGUGGGCGGGUGUCGAGGAUUUCUUUGGCGCUCAGCUGCAUGCACUGCAGAGUGAGACGUGUAUACCGCCUGCAAAGGGCAAGGGACGCAGGCCAAGGCGUGGUACCGCCACACAAAUACGCCCCUUGGAGGAAGCAGCUGGCGGCAGCGGCGGCGGCACGGCACAGACUGGCAUUGGCGAUACACUGCUGGAGUCACAUUUACUGUCUGGGGGCGGCGUCGCCGGAUCGGGGGCCGUUGGGGCCGCCUCGAGUCAUGCUGCUGCUCUGCUGCACGAGCACGGCAAGCUGCAACAGUUGUCGGGCCUGCAGCAGCAGCAGCUCCACCACCAGCAACAGCAUUUGCAGAAGCACCUGGGCGGCGUCGAUCUCGGCGGCGUUGGCCGCCUGCCACUGGCCAUGGGCCAGGGACAGGGACACUACAGAUUCCUCAAACACAAGGGCUUGUCAUUGUUUGUUAUACUGUUGCUGUGCUUGAUGCUGGCAUUAAAUGUGAUAUUAUUACUUAAGCUCUGGAAGCUGGAGGAACGGAUUGACGUGGAUCUCAGUCGACGGGCGCACUUCCCCAGUUUGGCGGCCUUAAAGGAACUUCCCAACACAAAUGAGGAAUGGCUGGAGCUGUUGCGUCAGCAGGAGCAGUCGCAUGAGAGCGAGCUGCGGAAAUGGCAUCACGUGCUGCAAACUGCCAUCGAAUUGCUGAAAAAGACUGAAAAAACAUUGGCUGAGGUCUUUAUACGUUAGCUGCAAAAAAAAAAAAAAAAAAACAAAGUUUUUCUAUAAUUGUGGUGCAACUAAAAUUAAUCCAAUCCAAUUGUCUUCGACACACGAAAAAAGGCAAAAGACCCACAGCAAAGUCUUGGGCCCAAAGCAAAGCCACCAAAAAAAAAAAAUCUGAAAUUGAAUUUAAAAUUCAACUAAAAUUUAGUCACAAACCUACCCACACACACACCCACACACCCCCACACACACACACAUGAAACACAUACAAAAAAUACCCAAACACCGCCCCCCUGAAAUUCGUAAUUUCUACAUAUUUAUGUCUAUGUUCUAAGUGAAGAAGAAAAUGUGUAAUUUAAGUUAUAAGUAGCUGCAUUUUAGUUAGGAUUAGAGCAAUUGUUUAUCGUUUUUUUAUUAACUGCAUUUACGUUUGGCACCUGUUCGUUUUGGCUUUGCUUUAGACAAAAUGUAUCUACAAAUUCCUCAAGUAUUUCAUAUCUCACAACAUACCAAAAAAAAAAUCAACAAAAAGAAAAGGAAAAAAGAAAAACCACAAGCAAGAGGGGCGCGCCCUGAAUUUUUGUUUUAGAAAAUUCAUUACGAAUGUCGAAUGUCGAGCAAGCGCAAAAAACAGCAACAGUAACAGUUAAAUAAUAUAUUUAUAACGGUCUGCCUGCCGGUCUUUGCAGGCUAACGGGUUAAAAAAUUUGAUAAAAACAAUUAUACAAGAGAAAUGUUUAUUGUGUACAAUAUUUUUGUAAAAGCGAAUCGAAACAAUUGUGAGCAAUUCUUUCGUUCGUUUGUAUAACUCCUCUUUGAUCUACCACCCACUACCGCUCGUUUACAGUCGAUACCCCACAAUACAGAACCCGAACCGACAGACACUUCAAACCAAACCCAAUCUACAAUGCUAAGCGCGAGGAGACCCGAUAAUGGCAUACUCUAUAUAUACACUAUAUAUACAUACAUAUAUAUAUAUAUAUAUAUGUUCCGAUAUAUAUAGCCAAGUAUUGCUAGUUUGUAGUGGUUGCAUUUUAACAGAACAAAUCAAACCAAAUUCAGCAAAGCAAAUGCAAAUGGCAAACAACUUGUGCGAAUUGAAUGCGAAAAAUGUUUAAACAGAAUUAUUUAAGUAAAUACAUUUAGGUCUAAGCUAUCAAAAUGUUGGCUAAUUCCAGCACAAAAUCAAAAAAAAAAAAAACUAAAAACUGAAAAAUAAGCACGAGAAGCAUGUGAGAAUCGCCCCUUCCCCCAAAAUAUAUAUACAUAUGUAUAAUUAUUGUCAACUUCAUUUGAGCCGUUCGCGAAAUUGGCUUAAAAAUUGUGUCACAAGUCUUAGUCUUAAAGUUAAAUGAAAUAUAUGAAAGAAUGAAACGAAACCGAAUGUUAAGCUGCAGUAAUGAAAAUUCUAAUUUAUUAUAAAAACAAAUAAAUGAAAAAUACAA